CAAAAGGGGUAGGAAGGUGUGGUGCCGGUCCCCAGGACCGACAUUGGGGAGGCGAGGGGCUGGAACCAGGGCGCUGGAAGCCUGAGGGUCCGCCGAAAAGAGGAAAAUGCAGUUGCUGUGGAGGAUCCCUUCGGUUCCAGAGCAGGGCGAGAUGGACUGCAGCAUCUGCUACCGGCCCUACAACCUGCAAAGCCGGGCGCCCCGCCGCCUGCCUGGGACGGCGCGACAGCGCUGCGGCCACACGAUCUGUACCGCCUGCCUUCGGGAGCUGGCGGCCCGCGGAGACGGCGGCUGUGCCCGGGUAGUGCGCUUGCGUUGGGUGGUCACUUGCCCCUUUUGCCGCGCGCCCUCGCCGCUGCCGCGGGGCGGGAUCACACAAGUGCCUGUGGACCCAGACUUGUGGUCCGUCCUCAAGGAGAAAGAACGAGAGCAAGAUGCCGGGAACUCGGGAGGAGAACGCAAUGGCGCUUCAGAAAACGUGAACGAAGACGGAGACGAGCAAGGAGCAGGAGCCUGGGGCUCGGCGUGGCGAAUGCUUCUUGGGCUCUGGGACAAAGCCGUGAGUCGGCGUAGACGCCCAUUACCUAGCAACGUGCUUUACUAUUGUCCAGAAAGCAAGACCUGCUACAUGCUGUAACUGAAGAUACAUGAAGGUGGAAACAGCUGCUGCCUCCUUUUGCUGUCCACCCAUGAGGGUAACUAGGGCUAGUGUUCCUCCCUGCCAGAUCCGAAGAUUGCGGUAUAUUGUGUGUGAGAGAGGAUGGAAUUUAAAACUCAUGAGGUGGUAUAGCCAACCCCUUAACUCAGGCUCUGGCUUCAGUCCUCCUCCAUUAUUCCAGGACACAGUGGACUGGAGCUGACCUUAACAACCUGGAGUCUACACUUGUGAUAGGACAGAGCCAUGAUGGUUUCUUUGGCCUGUCUGUUGUAGCAACUGCCAUGUUAACAUUUCUGUGAAAUGGUUUGAGAUGGAAAAGAAUGGAUGGCCGAAAGGGAAGAGCCUACUUCUCAUUCCAAGGAAUGAAUUCCAUAUCCCUGACAUUGAGAGCCAAGGAAGUCAAGUACUGAACUUUGUUGUUGUUGCCCUGUGAUUACUUCUUCUCCCUUAACCUAAUUGUACUUUGUAUGGACCUUUCUCUUUGUAUUUAUUCAUUUGUGUGUAUUUCUUAUUUUUCCUCCUAGACUGCAAGCCUGUCAAAGGCAGGAAACCAU